CUGCGCCUGCGCUCUGCCUCCGGUUCUAGGACCCGUACUUAAAGAGACAGGCGGCCUAGUCAUCGAGCGAGGCCUGCGGCCUUGUGGGCUGUCGGUCCGGUCGCUGGUGUGGAACGUCCGAGCCGGGGCAGCGGGGAAGGCAGCUAUAUGACUUUGGCUUUCAAGAUCCUCUUCCCAAGAAACCUUUGUGCCCUUGGCAGAAAAGAACUGUGUCUGUUCCCAGAACACAAUCGCUGGCCUGCUAUAAGACAGUUGAGCCAGUGGUCAGAAACAGAUUUCCUUCGUGGGUGCUGUCUCCUCCAGAGAAGAAAGCCUGUUCUACCUUUUCAAGGAGGUCAUCUAAGACCACGUGCCACCCACCUUGUUUUCUUCCCAGGGUCGCAUGUGGGACUCUGUACUGGCCCCUAUGAGAUGGCGGAGCAGCGGUUCUGUGUGGACUAUGCCAAGCGGGGCACAGCUGGCUGCAAGAAAUGCAAGGAGAAGAUUGUAAAGGGUGUAUGCCGAAUUGGCAAAGUGGUGCCCAAUCCCUUCUCCGAGUCUGGGGGCGAUAUGAAGGAGUGGUACCACAUUAAGUGCAUGUUUGAGAAACUGGAGCGGGCACGGGCCACCACAAAAAAAAUCGAAGACCUCACAGAGCUGGAAGGCUGGGAAGAGCUGGAAGACAAUGAAAAGGAACAGAUAAGCCAGCAUAUUGCAGAUCUAUCCUCUAAGGCAGCUGGCACACCAAAGAAGAAAGCUGCUGUCCAGGCUAAGCUGACAACCACUGGCCAGGUGACAUCCCCUGCAAAAGGUGCUUCAUUUGUUACCAGUACCAAUCCCCGGAAAUUUUCUGGCUUUUCAGCAGCCAAACCCAACAACUCUGAGCAAGCUCCCUCAAGCCCUGCCCCUAGAACAAGUCUGUCAGCAAGUAAAUGUGACCCUAAACACAAAGAUUGUCUACUUCGAGAGUUCCGGAAGUUGUGCGCCAUGGUAGCUGAAAAUCCUAGCUACAACAUAAAGACCCAGAUCAUCCAGGACUUCUUGCAGAAAGGCUCCACAGGAGAUGGCUUCCACGGCGACGUGUAUCUAACAGUGAAGCUGUUGCUGCCAGGCGUCAUUAAGAGUGUCUACAACUUGAACGAUAAGCAAAUUGUGAAACUUUUUAGCCGCAUUUUUAACUGCAACCCAGAUGAGAUGGCCCGGGACCUAGAACAGGGUGACGUGUCAGAGACGAUCAGAGUCUUCUUUGAGCAGAGCAAGUCUUUUCCCCCAGCUGCCAAGAGCCUCCUCACCAUCCAAGAAGUGGAUGCCUUCCUUCUGCACCUCUCCAAGCUCACCAAAGAGGAUGAGCAGCAGCAGGCCCUACAGGACAUUGCCUCCAGGUGUACAGCCAAUGACCUUAAGUGUAUCAUCCGGCUCAUCAAACAUGAUCUGAAGAUGAACUCGGGUGCAAAACAUGUGUUAGAUGCCCUUGACCCCAAUGCUUAUGAAGCCUUCAAAGCGUCACGCAACCUGCAGGAUGUGGUAGAGCGGGUCCUUCACAAUGAGCAGGAGGUGGAGAAGGACCCAGGCCGGCGUCGGGCUCUGAGUGUCCAAGCCUCAUUGAUGACUCCUGUGCAGCCCAUGCUGGCUGAGGCCUGCAAGUCCAUCGAGUAUGCAAUGAAGAAGUGUCCCAAUGGCAUGUUCUCUGAGAUCAAGUACGAUGGUGAGCGAGUCCAGGUGCAUAAGAAGGGGGACCACUUCAGCUACUUCAGCCGCAGUCUCAAGCCUGUCCUGCCUCACAAGGUGGCUCACUUUAAGGACUACAUUCCCAAGGCCUUUCCUGGGGGUCAAAGCAUGAUCUUGGACUCCGAGGUGCUCCUGAUUGACAACAACACCGGCAAACCACUGCCCUUUGGGACUCUGGGAGUGCACAAGAAAGCUGCCUUCCAGGAUGCUAAUGUCUGCCUGUUUGUUUUUGAUUGUAUCUACUUUAAUGAUGUCAGUUUGAUGGAUAGGCCUCUUUGUGAGCGACGGAAGUUUCUUCAUGACAACAUGGUAGAAGUCCAUAACCGGAUCAUGUUCUCAGAAAUGAAGCAAGUCACAAAAGCCUCAGACCUGGCUGACAUGAUAAACCGGGUGAUCCGAGAGGGCUUAGAAGGGCUGGUGCUGAAGGAUGUAAAGGGUACAUACGAGCCUGGGAAGCGACACUGGCUGAAAGUUAAAAAAGAUUAUUUGAACGAGGGGGCCAUGGCUGAUACAGCUGAUCUGGUGGUUCUUGGGGCCUUCUAUGGGCACGGGAGCAAAGGCGGCAUGAUGUCCAUCUUCCUCAUGGGCUGCUAUGACCCUGAUAGCCAGAAGUGGUGCACCGUCACCAAAUGUUCCGGCGGUCAUGAUGAUGCCACACUUGCCCGCCUGCAGAAGGAGCUAGAUAUGGUGAAGAUCAGCAAGGAUCCUAGCAAGAUACCCAGUUGGCUGAAGAUCAACAAGAUCUACUAUCCUGACUUUAUUGUCCCAGACCCAAAGAAAGCUGCUGUGUGGGAGAUCACAGGGGCAGAAUUCUCUAAAUCUGAGGCUCACACUGCUGAUGGGAUCUCCAUCCGAUUUCCUCGAUGCACCCGAAUCCGGGACGACAAGGACUGGAAAUCUGCUACGAACCUCCCCCAACUCAAGGAACUGUACCAGCUGUCCAAAGAGAAGGCAGACUUUGCUGUGGUGGCUGGAGAUGAGGGCAAUUCCACCACUGGAGGCAGCAGUGGUGAGAAUGGGGGCUCUGCUGUACCCCGAAAGGGCCCAAAAGCACCUCCCAGUAAGUCCUCUGCCAGUUCCAAGAAGACCGAACAGAAGCCAAAUAACCCCAAUGGCAGAGAUGGCAACAAGCUGAUUCUAAAGCCUUCCCCCAUGAAACCAGGAGAGAAGCUGGCCAUGAAGUCUUCUCCAGUGAAAGUGGGGGUGAAGAGGAAAGCUACUGAUGACACUCCAUGCCCGACAAAGGUGCUGUUGAAUGUCUUCACUGGGGUGCAGCUCUACUUGCCACCUUCCACACCAGACUUCAAACGGCUCAAACGCUAUUUUGUGGCAUUCGACGGGGACCUGGUACAGGAAUUUGACAUCGCCUCAGCCACACAUGUGCUGGGUGCCAGGGACAAGAACACUGAGGCCCAGUUGGUCUCCCCAGAGUGGAUUUGGGCAUGUAUCCGGAAACGGAGGCUAAUAGCUCCCUGCUAGGACUUUGGUCUUGUUUUGGGCUGUCCUCAGCUGCCCACUCUACAAUGACAUGAGGCACAGCCAGAUGAUAGGGGCCUCUUUGCUAAGCAGUGUACCUUCUUACACCCUCCAACUCUUCAUGGUCUCUUGUGGAUCAGGAAUUAGUUUCUGUGGGCACAAGCAGUUUAACUAGAUCUUUCAGAUCUGGGUGCUAGCUUUGUCUUCUUGUUUAAAAAGAAGCUGACCUUAGUUGUGUGAGGUGCUGAUAACCAACCUAGACCCUUAUGCAUGCCAGGCACAGUGUCUGCCAUUGAACUACAAUUUUAUAAACAAAUCUUAAGCCAGGCAUGGUAGUGCAUGAGGAGCAAGAAGGGGAUCAGGAGUUCAAGGCUAGCCUAGGGUAAGAAUUUAAACACACACACACACACACACACACACACACACACACGCACGCACACACACACACACAAAAGCAUCCUUUUCCCUACGAGUUAAACCUGCGGUUUUCCUCAGUGACUAAGAAAUGAAGGCUGAGCAGAGUCUAUUUCCUUUACUCCUUUUCACUUCCACGUGUAUCUUUUAAAAGCUUUAUUUAAACUGUCCUCAAAUGCUGCUUUGAUGUGGCAGAACCUUUAUUAUGCCUGAUCCAAACCCUCAUGUGAAAGAACAAAGUGGUCUCCCCAAGUCCCAGCAUGGAGGGAAGAGGCUGACAUCUGUAGGAAAGGUAGCCUCUCUGGAGAUAGAGGCUCACUGAAGGUGAAUAUGCCUCCUCAAAAUCUGACUAGUCUGUUCUCAAAAUCUGACUACUCUUGGGAGUACAGGUCCACAGCCAGGAAAAUGUAUACGCCCUACUUACCAAGGCUGAUUCCUGUGCCAUCUGAUGUACUUGAACGGCAAGGGAAGAUAUCUGUGUGCAAGUGCACACAUCACCCAAGCAUCAGUUUCCCAAGAGGAAAGGGCAGAGUCACUGCUCCUGAAUCACCGGGCAGCUACCAGGAAGCUCAGAUGGAAGAGGAGCAGAUCCUGGAACAGAUGUUAUCCAGGAGAAGGCCUGGCUUAACACCUUGUAGAUUAGAAUUCACACUUCAUUCUGAGCAUUGGCUUCUCCAGGUACGAGGUGGACUGGCCUCUCGAAGAUUACUCUCUGUUCUCAUUACCAACUCAGCAGGCUUACCCAUCCACCUCCUGGGACCUAUGUGCCUCUUAAAUGCUUAUGUGGGCCUUUAAGAUACAGACCUACCACCCCAUAUACUCUUCUAAGUGUAUUUUACCAGGAGUUUACUUACCAAUCUGGCUUUGCUUUUCACCCGAGUUUAAAAUGUGGCAGGGUUGAUGCUCCAAGGAGGGCAGAGUGGACAUCACUCAGUCUGAUGAGUAAAACACUUUUUAACCCACCCUCAAGGCAGAAGCUGCUUUGUGCUUUGAAUACUAGCUUUCCUUGAACCAAGCAGCUAGGUAGAACAUCAAAGACAACUCUUCCCCACACUCAGGGCCAAGAGUGUUGCCGAAAGUUUAGCCCCUGUCCCUUUAAUGCCUUACUGUGUAUUCACUCUAGUUCACUGUCAGGUCUUUGUACAUUUCUUCCACAUCAUCACAAUUCCCUUUGUAGGGAGACUAGACUGUACGUACACCUUUAUAUCUUUUCUUGUCUUUCCAACCCUAAGCAAUAUCACUCUGAAUCUACCUGAGGCUGGAAACUUGCCCUCUUCAGCCUUUUGUUUAUGUAGUGCCAACUGAUCACUGCCUGCUCAUCAGGUGGGCCAUGAGCAAGAGUCAGGAUAGAAUACUGUCUCAUCCAGUUUUCCCAGAGGUGACACAUUCCUCUCGGGCACCUGGUCGGGUGGGUGAGUUCUGGCCUACUCUGCAGUCUGCUCUUUCAGCUGGGCCAACCUUUGAGCCACACUUGUCUGUCCAUCUUUCAGCGUAACCUGAAAACUUAAGAUUCCUUUCUACUUAGCUCUUGAAGGCUCCUCUACAGUGGGACUGUAAAUAACUCACAUGGUGCUUCCCAUUUGCUCUUGAGACUAAUCCUUACACUUCUCUCUAGGUCUGUUCCAUUUCUCCCACAUACUUUUGUGAUCUUUGGCAAGUCACAACACAGGGCAGGGCUACCUUGGGCAGGAUUAGGUGGCCCAAGCAUGUCCAAAAGUGAGAUGUGGUCUGUGAAGAGCAACACCUCUGUGUGGCCUGAUGCUUGCCUGUAUUUACAGGUUCUUUGGCGCCUCCGGCAUCAUCCCCACACCAGAUGGGACAGGCAUCUGUAUUUAAACUUUAUUACAAAAUUAUAAAGCAGAGCUCUGUAACAAAAAAUACACAUUUGGGUUUGCUUUUAACACCCAGGUGAGAGAAUCUUAAUAUAAGCCACUUGGAGCAACACAUUCUCAUUCAAGAGAUCUCAACAAAUGUACAACAUAGACUAUUAAUUCUUUACAGCUUAUUAGUUUAGAACUGGCUACUCCAACCUAUGAACUAGUCAGCAUCUUUUAAAACUAAGUCAACUGAAAUCUUGGCGCAAUCACAGCAAAAUCCACAGAAGUGGAAGGAUUAGGUGUUUCCACAUUAAGACCAAGGAUCUGUAGGGCUCAGGUAUUAAAAUAAUCAGGUUUUCUCCGUCAGAGUUAGACGCUAACUGGAGCGGGCACCAACUCUCAUCUGGUAUAACAAUAAGAAAUUGUUUGACAUCUGUUAUUUUUCCUCCAAAUGAAAACAGAUUUAAAGGUAAAUUAUUUCUUCAUAAUAAGUGACAUCAAUACAUCAGUUCUGAUUGUUACUGGGGUUGCUAACCACGGCCAUCAGUCUAUUAUUUUCUGUUCCUGUCUAGGAGGUAGGGAGGUAAGGCCUCAGAAGAGAAAGCAGUCAUAAGGGAAAGCCAGCUUUGAAGUUACUGUUAGGUCUUACUGAGCUGCAUAAUCAGACCUGUUUCACAGUGAAGUCCAGGAGCAGCAAAAUUGGUGGGCCAUGCUAAACUGAAGACAUUGUAAACCAUAGUACUCACUGUUCAGGGAGGGAGGGAAAGGUGGUCUUUAUGGAGGGAGCUGAUUCCCUGACACUCAGAAAGGCUUUGACCCAAAAUCUGGUCAUCUGGACUUAAAAUGUAGAGGUAAGUGGCCUGGGUUUCUCUGACAACUUCGUGAAACUACUUGAUUCCCUGAAGAAAUUCAGUGGUUAAUGUUGGAGAGAAAACCUAAUAAGCAUUUCUAGUAGCCCCUUGGGUGUCCCCUCUGUUUCCAGAGUCAUGACUGGUUCUUCCAGUCUCUCAUGGCUGCAUAGCAAAGGGGAGUGUUAACCAGGGUGCGAUAUAGUGUUGUGGGUUCAUCCAACAGAGGAACACACAGCUCUUUUGGAUAUAUACAUAUACAUACAUAUAUGUAUCUAUUAAACAUAUAAAAGACACGGUCCAAGUUCUA